UUAACCCUUUGUGUACCAGCCCCAUCUCGAACCGUACCAUAUGGUACGGUUCGCUGCACUCCAAUCAAGCGCGCCGUUCCCCGCCGCCGUAGCUCCGAUCGAGCCGCGGUUUUUUGCGCUUGACAGCUGAGAUCCCACUGAAAAUUUUGAUGUAUGAUAUGGGUAGGUUGCCAUUUGAAAGUAUGGAGAACGAACGCGUUCAAAAGUAUGCUUUUCAGCGCAAAUAAUUGUCGCUGUUUCGAUCGUGUUCUCGCUCAGUUUCUCUGCUUGUAGCGAAGAUGUAGCUUGUUCUAGGUCAUGUCGACGUCUUCUAGACGUGGUGGACGAUUGGAGAGAUCGGCUGUGGCGAUAUCAUCGCUGAAUGCGACUCGAAAUUGAAAAUUUGUAUCGCUGAUCCCAUCGCAGUAUUCGCUCUCAAAACAGGAGCGAGAGGGAGGGCAGCGAUGGCCUAAAAUCGUCAAGGCAGGCGUAAUUCACCAGCCAGCGACUGCUUCUUAUCCUCUCUUUCACUUACCUUACGCUGGAUAUUAACCAGGAUGCUGUCGAGAUCAGUGAGCGAGGUGUGGCCGAGGAACGGGAGGCUCUCAAUGGCGAAGACAUGGUGGCAGAUGAGCUGUUUGAUGACGAAGAUGAAGAUGCCAUUGACGAGACCUAUGAGCUGGAAACUGAAGACAACGAGAGUUGGUACAAGGGUAAAGGUGAUGAUAUCGAGGUGCACUCUAGCGCCUCUGACAGUAAUGAAAGGGAUGGCGGUGACUCUAGCUCCGACGAUGGAGGAAGUCGCGAGAGAAACCGCGUAACUGCUAGCCGUCGACGCAGCAGCAACCGAAUCCGCAGCGGCAGCAGCCCACGCGGCAGCAGUCGCCGCAGCAGCCGACGCAGCAGCCGCAACAGCAGCCGCAACAGCAGCCGCAACAGCAGCCGCAACAGCAGCCGACGCAGCAGCCGACGCAGCAGCCGACGCAGCAGUGGAAGCAGCAGUGGAAGCAGCAGCGGAAGCAGCAGCCGUCGUAGCCGCCGACGUAGCAAUCGGAGAUCUGGUAACCGUCGCUCGUCACGUAACAAACACUAAGGGUACUAGAUUCUCUAGCCAUGGCAACGGGUAACUAUGGUAGCGGACGGCCAUCACCAUGGAGCACUCUUCAUUGUAAUGAUCGUCCAAGUGACCUACGAUGCAUCACUGUAGCAAUGGCGGAGUAACAAACACCAGAGCAGUCGAGCUGGCAUGUAUACCGGACAAGGGAUGUGAAGACGUACUCUGAGUUCCUAUACGUACCAUGCAUUUGACUGCUGCUGAGUCUUCGCAGAUUACCACAAUCAUAACAUAAGCCUUUAAGCACAAUACAUUUACAUCACAUCACACAUUAGUUAUGACUCUCGUAGUAUGAUAUGUUUCACCUUUCCCACGCUCCCGAAUCCACUCCCCCAUUCUUUCUUCUAUACGGAGCAUCACAGUUUAUUUUGUUUGCGCUUCACCACAAAGGCGAUAUCAGGAUACCAAUUGUAAGCUCGAUUUUAACAUCUCCUACUUACUAUUGAGUAUUUGUGCCUGGUAGUUUACACCGGUAGUGUAGUUCUCUGAAUAGCUAGACUUGUUGUAGGUAACCUCUC